CCAUCACGCGUAGUUUCCUGUCUAUAGCGGAAGUUCUUAAGCUACGCGGGUAGAGCGUAAGUCUGCGCGCGUGUGAGGAAAAGUGUGUUUGAGAGAGAGAGAAGGAAGGCGAAACGUUGCUCGUUGCCGUGUUAGUGGUAUCGUCUAACUAUUUCUAGCCCAGCUCUUAGCCAUGGCGUACCGCGGACAAGGGCAGAAAGUGCAGAAAGUGAUGGUACAGCCCAUCAACCUCAUCUUCCGAUACCUACAGAAUAGGUCUAGGAUUCAGGUGUGGUUGUAUGAACAGGUGAACAUGCGGAUAGAAGGCUGUAUUAUUGGAUUUGAUGAAUAUAUGAACCUGGUUCUGGAUGAUGCUGAGGAGAUUCACUCAAAGACAAAAUCAAGGAAACAGUUGGGUCGAAUCAUGUUAAAAGGGGACAAUAUUACUCUUCUACAAAGCGUUUCUAACUAGAAAUUGCUAUUCAGUGUUUUCUGUUUAUUAUUUUAAUCUUUAACCCUAUAAAAAAAGGGUAUGGUGGUUGAAUGCUUUCACUUCCAAAUUCUACCUUUGGUGUCUGAAGAGACAGAAGAAUAAAGGUUUUUAUUCUUAGUUUGUGCUUGCAUAAUGUCAAUAGUUUUUGUACAUUGGCAUGGAAUUGUAGUUCUUUAUAAAUAAAACUUUUUUUGUUACUA